AUGCCUCAAUCACCUACAGAUGGCUCCGGUUCGAUGGCUUUCGGAAAUUCAACCCACGAUUCAGACGAUCAUUCUGACCGCGAACUACCACCACCACCAAAUCCUUCAAACGAUGCAGGUCUUACCGUCCAUCAAUUUUCAAAUGAUCGUGGAGUAUCCCCACCGUCUCCCAGCAGCAUUGAUAUUUUUACACUUUCGCCAAUAACGGCACUCAAAUUGUUAUGUGCUGGAAUUGAGGCUCUAGUUCAGUUUACAGGAGAUAUUCCUCCAAUGCCAGCUUCGACCGAAACCGAAACGACGAUGCCGAAUAUGAGAGGAAUGCAGGCAGAGAAAGAAAACAUACGACGAUCCGGAUCGUGGACAAACUUGGCCGGUUUUCGACAACGAGCUUCUGGACCAGAUGCUAUAGAUGGAGUAAACCUUCGACAAAAACCUCUCGAAAGACAAGAAAUUGUGCCCGCGGAACCAUAUAUCAUUGUUGGAGAGAAUGCCGAGCCUCUGAAUGUUCAGCAUAGUGCUAUUACACGAAGAUUCUACUCUAGGCAGAUUCCUCCAAUUUCUCUAGAAGACUACUUGAUGCGUAUACACAAAUUUUGUCCAAUGUCAACAGCUGUCUAUCUUGCAACCAGUUCCUAUAUAUACAGAGUAGCGGUCGAUGAACGGGUAAUACCUGUGACACGGCGAAACUCGCAUCGACUCAUAUUGGCCGGUCUACGUGUAGCUAUGAAAGCACUCGAAGAUCAAAGCUAUUCUCAUGCCCGUUUCGCCCAGGUUGGAGGUGUCAGUGAGCAAGAGCUCUCGAAAUUGGAAAUCAAUUUUUGUUUUCUCACAAAUUUUGAGUUGAAGGCGAAUAAAGAGGCUCUUCUACAGCACGCGAUAAGUCUGAAAGAGCUGUCUUCUUUACAGGGAGGGGUUAACUUCGUCCCGAAUAUGUCGCUCUUGAAUAGGGGUAGGACGAAUAUGGCUGCACAAGAAACUGUGGUAGAAGUAACUGCAGAUGCCUAG